AAAAAUGCCAGAGAGGGAAGAUGAUCAUCUGACUCCUGCAACUCGCUUACUUGAGAAAAGGCGAGAAAUGUCAGAGGUCGAACAGGCUUUAGCUGCACAGAAAGAGGAGUUCCAGAUGAAGAUGGAGAGUUUGCAGCAGCGAAGGGAGGAGCUAGAAAGGAAGGAGUACCAGUUAAAGGAAUCAUUACUCAAGUUUGAUAAAUUCCUCAAAGAAAAUGAUUCCAAGAGAGCAAGAGCAGUAAAGAAAGCCCUGGAUGAAAAGGACCUUAAGAAAACUAAAGACAAAGAAAUCGUGAGGCUUUUAGAGGAGAAAAAAGAGCUAGAGAAACAGCGAGAUAAAUUCCUGAAGAAACUGGACAAAAGAAGGGUGUUUAAUACAUUCCUGGAUCGCGUUUUAGAAUCUGCAGAGGAAUUUCAAGAAUCCAGGGACGUGAUAGCCAGAUAUGAAACAUUAGUAGCAACACAUAAAGAUUUAAUGGACAAAGCAAGUAGAUCUCAAGACUCAGUAGAUGGUCAUAGGGCUGAGCUGAUGAAGUUUACAGAAGAGAAAAACAACGAGAUUCUAAGCUACAAUAACCAGCUGGCCACACUGCAGACUCGCCUAGACACAGCCCAAGGAGAAGCAGUCAAAUGGGAAUCGGUUUGGACUCAUAUAAAGAACACAGCAGCAAAGAAAACAUUACUGCUCGGCAGAAUCAAAAUGGCAACGCACAACCUUUUCCAACUUGUUAAUAGACAUCAGAAGCAAUCAGGCUCCACAGACCUGACGGAGGAGCAGCUAAGUAAGAUUCAAACCUUUAUAAUGGACUUAACGCAGAUCACCACAGAAAUAAAACGAGCAGAAGCUGUUGGCACAUCUGUCGGGGCCACAUCGUCUUAGAUGUACCACUCCCUCCUAGUCUCAUUUUAAGAUUCACUCAUAGUAUUAUAGCUCCCCUCGCAUUAAACAUUUUACAUAUGAUGUGGUUUAAUAGUAUUUUUGUCAAUUUUGCCACAAUUUCGGAGAUUUAUUUUGUACAGUUCACCUGAUUGUAAAUAUAUUUCAAUCAUAUCAUAUCUUGUUGAAAAAAUAAAAUAAUUAUUAUUGUUAUCAUGAU